UCCUCAUUCAGUUUUCCAACAUCACAUCGAUAAGCUCCUACAUACUAUCGUAUACUCCGUAUAAAAAAAAACCCCAUCAUAUCCCUGACGGCCAGAAUGAUGAAGAAGCAACCCGUCGUUGUGCCGUGGUCGGUGCUGGUGGCGUUGACAUGGGCAUGUGGCGGCUCAUGGGCUGAGGUGAUCACCGCCGACCAACUAGCCUACCUUCAGACAGAAGAGAACGCGUUCAGGAACAAGACCAUCAUCGACAUCAGCCACAAGUAUGUGGUCGGCAUGCCCUACUUCUUCGGCGGCCCUCAUGGGCUGCAGCCGUUCUUUACACCUGUGUCCAGCAUUGCGAAGGGAGAUAAGUCCAACUCGGCAACCUUCAACCUUUCCACCCAUUGCGGCACCCAUGUCGAUGCUCCCAGCCACUUCAACCAGACACUAAUGGACGAAGGCUAUGAUGUCAACUCUCUGGAUCUACGCACUUUAAAUGGCCCAGUAUUGAUGGUUGACACUCCCCGGAACAAAAAUAUCACCGUCAGGGGCGGACCUAGGAAAGUCAUUUUGGGGCGAAAAUAUUUUUGGGAUUCAAAAUACUUUUUGGAAGAGCAAAAAUUAUUUUUCCUAUAUAUAUACAUUAAAAAAAAUUUGUUGGGGGGCGGUAGCCCCCUGGGUCUCUACUACGGUCCGCCCCUGAUCACCGCUGAGGUCACGAAGUCAUUGAAUAUACCAAGAGGAGUGAAGCGUGCGCUGUUCAAAACACUCAACACAGACCGAAAUCUGAUGAAUCAAUCCGCAUUUGAUUCCUCUUACACCGGCUUCACUAUGACGGAGCCCGGUAUUUGGUCGAGAACACUGACAUCAAACUUGUUGGCAUAGAUUAUCUAUCUAUUGCUAUUGCAAUUGUCCCUCAGAUUGUCGGGGUCCAUAUGACGCUCCUAAAUGCUAAGGAUAUCAUUCCUGUGGAGGAUUUAAAACUGGACGAAGUUGUUCCUGGAGUGUACACAAUUCACCGUCUUCCACUGAGGUUGGUGUCCUUAGAUGGAUCGCCCAGCAGGUGCAUCUUGAUCACCUAAUAUAAUUGCACGCCGGCGGAAUUCAGUACUAUCUAUUUGUGUGGAACAGAAUUAAUCUCUAUGUUAUGAUAAUGAUUUUUUUUGUACUCCAGGAGGUCUGGGGGAGGGGAUACGGGGUCUGUAGUAAUCAGGGUUGAAACUCAUUCCAUUGAACUUCAAACUCUUUAUGUGUUCAGUGAGUUUCGAACUCGAGACUUUCCACUAUACACGAUAACCUCACAAUCAGCUGGACUGGAAUGCUUGGUUUUCAUGAUUAUGAUUGUUCUUAUGAAUUACCUUUUUCCGCAUGCUCCGUUAGCUUGAUUAUCAAUUUGUUUCCAAUUGGGAGAUUGUAUUUAAUAUAAGUGCCAGUAUGUUUUUAUGGGUCGGCGUAAUUAUCUAAAAAAAUUACUAAUUCAUAGAUGUUUUAACAUUUAAGAUUUUUUAACUAAUAA